AUGUCGACACCAGCGAGGAAGAGACUGAUGAGGGAUUUCAAGAGGUUGCAGCAAGACCCACCUGCAGGAAUUAGCGGGGCUCCACAAGACAACAAUAUCAUGCUGUGGAAUGCAGUUAUAUUCGGGCCUGAUGAUACUCCUUGGGAUGGAGGUACUUUCAAACUCUCACUGCAGUUUUCAGAAGACUAUCCAAACAAACCACCAAUAGUUCGGUUUGUUUCACGGAUGUUCCAUCCAAACAUUUAUGCUGAUGGAAGUAUAUGCUUGGACAUUCUCCAAAACCAGUGGAGUCCAAUAUAUGAUGUUGCUGCUAUACUUACCUCUAUUCAGUCAUUGCUCUGUGAUCCUAAUCCGAACUCUCCUGCGAAUUCGGAAGCUGCAAGGAUGUUCAGCGAAAGCAAGCGAGAGUACAACAGAAGAGUCCGUGAGGUUGUCGAGCAAAGCUGGACUGCAGACUAG